AUGUUGAGACGCGAAGUGUGGGGUUACUGGUAUCUCACACCUCCGUCAGGGAUUCGGGUAGACCCUGAUUUGAGUGAACUUCGCAAGCCGUGGGCAGACCCGGUUGCCCGCGAGAAUAACAUGUACAGCGGACAUUUGCUCUUGAUGACCAGCCUCUAUGCUAUGCCGUUUGGUGGUGAUGUGUUUGAGCAGGCUGGGAGUCUGAGUUUUCACUGGAAUCCGCUGUUCUGGGGAAUGGGGGACGAGACUUUCGCCUAUGAUAAUAGGAGCUUGCAGGAUGCUAUUAUUGUCGAAUGGAAGGGAAUGACUGGGCUGGUUUUUAGGGCUGCGGCGUUCAUGAACACUUGGAACUCGGAAUUCGUCCGAUCGGGAAUCAACAAUCACGCAUUUGGGUUCGUCAUCGACAUUGCUGGCGAAGUCAAACUCUAG